GCAAUCAGCUGUUGCCGUUUUCACCUGUGCGCCCAGAAAUGCGAAAAUUUGCCCAUUAAGUUCUUGUAAAUGUGCUUAAAUACGAAUCGCGGGUGACAAAAUUUAUUCAGGCUAUAGCCUUAACCAUAUAGACACCCGAUCUUAAAGAAAAACACCGAAAACAGCGCCGAAAUAGAGUAAAAACUGAGCUGUGAGCCAGCCAAUCGGCAACAUUUUUUUUGUAAACAAAUAAUUUGCCGAGCGAAAAAACUCAGCUAGUAAUUAACAAAUGCCGUUCAGCUGAGCAUAUUGGCAAAGGGAAAUCGCGACGAUGGACAAUAAGAAGGAUAUAUACAAUCUAUGGGUGCAGUACACGACAAAGAACGAUGAAACCCACUUCCGGCAGUUUGUGGCCCGCUUUGUGGCCAUUUGGAGGAGCCAACUGCAGCUGGACUUUCAGGCGGCGGACUGCCCCAUGUGGCACGAGGUUCAACCGGAUAGUGGUCCACAUUUGGGUCGCCUGCCGGAUGAACUACUGCCCGCCAUCGGCAAGUUUAUCAUUGUGGCCAGAGAUCAAUGCGAAACGCAGGGGAAACUGGAGGAGGAGGCCAUCGAGGAGGUGGCCAUACUGGUGGACUGCCUGGUGAUCGUGUGCCGGCACUUUGACAACAUCCUGGCUGUUAUAAAGUACGAGUACAAGCCCAAUUUGAUAGCCAUACUCACCAGGGUGUUCAAGCAACAAAUGGAGCUGCCCCAAAGCGUGCCCGCUAUAAGCCAUCUGUUUGGGAGCUUCUCGGCUUUCCUGGAGGUCAUGUACGAUCCGUAUCUCACGUGGCGCAGCUUUGUGCGAGGUCAAACGGCCGACUACAGUCGUCUCUCCUAUAAACCCCACUCGGUUCAUGUGGAAAUUGUGCCCUUUAUUUAUGAUUGCUUUCAGGAGGAGAAGCUCAUCCGGUAUGCGGAAAUAGGCGAGAGCCUGCUCAACAUCCUGGGCGCUGUGAUUUGCGGCUCGCAGCUGCAGUUGAAGAAGUCUCUAAACUCGACCUCCUCGACCCUGACAAAUAGAAAUACUAACGAUCUAACCACUUCUUCACUUGCCCCCUGCUCGGGUGAUGGGCUGCUAGACUGUGAUAACUUGCGCAAUGGCAUGAAGGCCAUUUGCCCCGCCACGGUGUCCAUCACCAUGAGUAUUCUGCGUCAGUGGGAGAGUGCCCACAGUCCACGUCGCGUGGCCCUACAAUGCUAUGCCCUGAUGGUCAUUGUGCUGCAGAAAUCUAGUCCAGAGGAACGCCAAAUAGACCUAGUUACGUUAGUUCAACUUUAUUGUGAUGCUCUCCAAGAGCUGCUGGCCACCAAGCACUUUGAUAGCGGCGAUGCCAACUUCGAUAUCGCCAGCGAUGCCGACCAGGAUGAUGUGGCCAUCGACAUGGCUGCCUUGUCCACCACGGUGGCGGCUGUGAAACUCUUUGUGACUGGCGAUGAAGGUGUUGGUGAGGCAAUUGCCGACUCCAAUCUACUCGAAUUGCUCACCAGUCUUCCCAAACUUAUAAAGCCCUGGCACAUCAACCAUUCGAGCUCGCUGUGCAGCAGCAUGGAGGCUUUGGCCACUUUGACGCGUUACUGCCCACAAACCGCUGCUCAGUUGCGUCAGGGCGAACGCAUCGAGAGGCUCUUCGCCAGCUUAAAGGAAUUUGGCAAUCCAACGGUCGGUCUGCUGGACACUAGCUUCAUGCUGGGCUACGAUGAAAGUGGACACUUGUUGCUGCUGCCCGAGGUUAUGCUGCAGCUGCUCAAUUGGGUGCCAACGCUGCAGGAGCGGGAGCAACUGCAUGUGACCAAUCUUGUGCUCAAGGGCUGCACUGACAACUAUGGAACGAAAUCCGUGGCCUGUGGCAGUCAUAUCAUCAAGGCUGUGUGUGGCUGCCUCUUGACCGCCGAAUCUCUGGCCGAGAACUGCGUUCAGAAUCUCAUUAAGCUGAUCGAGGAACUAAGCAAGCUCAGUAUUGUGCCCGCGGAGCUAAAGUGCAUCUUUACUUUGUUGCGCCAGGGAACAAAGUUUCCGCAAAACAAGCAGCUGCAGCAGACGUUAGUCGUAAUUGCUCUGCAGAGUUUAAGGGGCAGCAACUCCUGCGCCGAGUACUUCUCCAUCGAUCAGCCAACGGAUGGCAUUCUAGUGCCGGACAUUCGAAAAUGGACCAUCUCCGGCUCGUAUGGCUUCAUCUUCCACAUCCUGGUGCGCUUCAAUCAGCUGAAAGAUCAGUCGAGCAGUCGCCGAAUGCUGCUCACCCUGCAAACAGCCAGUGGCAGUGGCUUCGAGGUUUUUGUGCAGCCCAAUGGCAAUGUUGUGGUGGCCGCUUUGACCAAGCGGGAAUACCUGACAUCCUCCACCGCCACCAAGACACUGAUGGAUGGCCAAUGGCAUUACCUAACGGUGGCCAUAACGCCACCAAAGCGACCCUUUUCCUAUAGUCAAAUUAAUAUCUACGUGGAUUUUGUACAGAAGCUGAGUGCCACGCUGAAAGUUCAAGCAGUCAAUGAACCCUUUACUGUGUGCUCCAUUGGCGCAGUGGUGGCGCCACCGCAACCAGGAGAGGUGGUUAAAUCAGGGAUUAUGCCCAGGUCGUCGUCGCAGGAAAGCGGAUCGAGUGGUUAUAGGGGAAUGCUGCCCAGUCUUCUAGAGCGAACGCUCUCAGCAAAUGUCUCCAACUACUUCACCCUGCCCAUGCGCACCCAGACAGCCUUUGAUCCGAAUGUGAAGAACUUUCCCAUUGGCAUGCAGGAUACUGUGUUUGGAGAGCCAACUUGUCUGCAUGGACAUCUGGGUGGAGUCCUCUUAGCUGAUCCAACCACCAGUUUGAAAACAAUCUUUGAUGCAGGCUCCAACUUCAGUUCGAUUUUCUCCCAGGACAAUGACUUACUCGAACUCAACUCUCGCUUUGUUUUCUGCUAUGCCCCGGGAGCAGUUUGGCAUGGCACCUGCCAGGAUCUCAUACCAGGCGGAAAGUAUCCGGGAAGGAUUAGCGCUCAGCACUGCAAGAUCGUGAAGAUCCAGGAGACAAUCAACAGUAUUGGUGGAAUCAGUGCAAUACUGCCCAUUCUGCAUAGAUUGGUGACAUCGGAUCAGACGGCAGACAUCUCAAUUGGCAGCGUCAGCGAGGAGUCCUUGUCCUGCGGAGCUCCAACGCCUUCGGCUGAGGAGUUUACGGAUUGGGAGAUGCUCUCCUCGAACUCCUACACCGAGUGGAAGAUGCUGCAGCAUCCGCUGGCCAGUUUCCUUUGCCUGUUGCGCUACCUCACGCACGAACACGAAACAAACCAGGAACAGCUGCUAAGUAGCGAAUGCCUGGCCAUUGUGGGCACUAUGCUGCAACGCUGUCCGCCGCAUCUGUUUGAUGUGAAUGCCCUGAUGGCCACCCACCUGUUGAUGGAGUCGCUGCAGGGACACAAGGCGGAAGCGGGCGGACAGCUGCUGGAUGCCUUGUAUGCUCACAUUGUCUUUGACUUUGCCAUCUGGUCGCGACUGCAGUUCCAAAUCACUUUGGGUCACGCCCAGUAUCUGAGUGCCAUGAUUAAGAACGAUCGGAAGUUCUUCCGCAAGCGGUAUGGCGUCCAGUUUGUGCUGGAUGUGGUGCGUCAGUACUACUCCACGCCCGAUAGCAUCACCGAUGACGAUGCCAAGACCAUUCGGGCCACGCUCUUCGGCAUCAUUAAGUUCUAUCUGCAAAAGGAAGUGAACAUCAAGGAGGUGAACUCCAUGAUUGCCUUUCUGGCUUCCGUGCGGCAGGAUGUGGUUCUGGUGGAGUUUCUGGAGAUGAUGACUUUUUAUAUACGUGGGAAGAACUGCAAGGAUCAAAUGGUUCUUUUAUUGCACGAACCUCAGUCCGCCAAUUUGAUCUACAACUUCUUCGUGGACAAGAGCUACACCAAUGAGAUUCAAGAGGCGGCUAUUAGGUUCAUCAGUGGCUUGUUGGCCACAUCGCGGGUGCAUCAGAAGUACAAACAAGUGCUGCGUUUGUACGAUCAGGCCACCGAGCAGAGCAUGUUCCCUGGAUUUUUCUCCUUCAUCACACCCUUAUCGCUAAGCUCUACGAUCCUCUUUCAUUUGGUCGAUGAAAUGCUGGGUCUGCAGCCGGACUAUGCAGGUCUUAUAUUCCUCGUCUAUCAUGUGAGCAGCUGUGAUCUCCCCGUGAAACUGGAGAUUGCCAAGCGACUGCUUCAAACCACCUUCGUGAAGCAGCAUUCCACUGUGGCGAUGGCCAAGCAAACGGGCUGGCAGGAGUCCAUUGCCCGUCUGCUCAUCCGGAAGCCCAUCACCAGUUCGCCUCCGGAUGAGGAAAAGCGACGCAGUUUUGGCAUCAACUUGGAUGUGCUGUUGGAGGAUAACUCGAGUUUUCUGGCCCAGGCGGAUCUCAUCACUUUCUCGGAGCAGGAGAUUGGCCUGGCACAGUUGCAGUCGCAGCAGCAGCAAGAGGAGCUCAGUGAUAGUGGCCUAAUACUUAACGAAAUCCAGGCGAGUGUUUCCGAGGCAGCCACUGUGAUCGAGAGUGAAAUUAAAGAGUUAGCUGAAUCUGUCUCCGGAGCAGUGGUUGAAAAUGCCAGCAGUUUGUUCUCGGUCAUCCGGCAGACCACCCAUGAUUUGCAGGAUACUUUCGAGUCCUUGACACUGGGCAGCUCGACGGACACUGCCGAUGGCUCGCAGACGCCUUCGAUUCAGCGCGAAGAAUCGCUGAGUUCCGAUAGCUCCACACAGUCGCCGCACGGACCGCCCAAGAAAAGUGACUCCAUGGAGAGCACCUCCGCCUUUGACUUUGUGGCCGACGGCGAUGUGGACACCGAGGAGCAGUUGGUUUAUCUAGUCUCGAAUACGCUCUUCAACAUUUUCUGGCGCGGCAUACCCAACGAUCAUCCGCAAUGCUGGCAGGAGCGCGGCCAAGUGCUCGGCUGCAUCAAUUUGUUGGCUCUAAACAAUGAGCUAAUUACCUCGCAUCUCUCGCUGCGCCUCAGGAUUUUGGAAAUGGCUGUGCAGGCCUCGCUUUUCGAUCUAUCGGAGCAUGGCAGUCAGACGCUAGUCAACCAGGAGAACGCCUCGCACAUCCUGCGCAUGGUUUAUGAACUGGUGGUUCUGGGCUCAAACGAAGACGAGUCGAAAAAGUGUUCCACGAAGCUAUUGGAUGGUGUGCUCGCUUUGCUGGACGCCCUGAUGAUCUUCCAGCAGGGUUCCUCUGACGAUUGGUCGGAUAUGAUCCGCUUGUGCUUGGGUCUCCUGCUCAAGUGCUCACAUCACCCGAAUCCUGGAAUUGUGGCGAUGGCCACGGCUAAGCUACAUGCUAUUCUUCAAAGUCGUUCUACUGAGGAUCCAGCAGAGCUAUCCUAUCUUUUGUUUAGCAUCAAUAGAGCUCUGGAUAAUGCCAUUGAAGUUGGCAAUCCGGAGGAGUAUUCUUUUCUGAUGCCUGUGAUGAAGGCCCUGUUGGAGAAAUGUCGUUUUGCCUUCAAUUUGGACUCCACUCUGCCCGAUUUGCCUUCAACUUCCUCUGGACCUGUCUUCUUCAAUGAUUUCCAAAUGUAUAGCACCAGCAAAAAGUGGAGAAACUUUAUUGAGCGAAUAGUGAAGCCGAUGUACGAUCGCUAUCAGCGCGACAUCGAGUUGCAUCUGUGGGAGCCGAUCAAUCGAUUCUGGGCGGAAUGCUAUGAGGCCUGCAAGGCGGCCUCCAAGCAGCGGGCCACCAAUCAGGCGGAGAACCGGCGCCUCUUCCAGCAGAAGAUCUACAUGCCGUGGAAGGUGCGUCAGGUGGAGGAGAUGCAGCGACUGCAGGCGGCUGCACUGCACCACAAGACCGUCGACAGUCACAUACGGAAGCGGUGGAAGACCGCCAAGCGUUUCUUGUAUGGCCCCCGUGGGCCCUGGUAUACCGGGGAUCUGGAUGAGGAGUUCUGGAAGCUAUCGCCCCAUGAGAACGUGGCUCGUAUGCGUUUGAAGUUGGAGCCUCAAUUAUAUCCCAAUAAACAUGAGAAUGCCGCCAAUCUGCGUGAUAAUGCGACCAGUGCCUACGAUCCCAAGGAAAUCUCGGAAUUUGACUCCACCAUCAAGAAUGCAGUGGUGCGCGAUUUCUUGGCGGACGAUGAAAGUUCGCAGUUGGAGGAGGAACUGCGUCAGCUGAUCGACACGCAGGCGCAACAGGAUGUGGCACUGGAGAAGCUAGUCAUGUCGCAGGAUUGUGAACUGAUCACCCUGAUGACCAAGGUCAAAGGACGCAUCGAGGUCAAUCAGAGUGUGUUUACCUUUGUGGACCUAAGUCCACCCACGGAGGAUGGUUCCAAAUACGACUUUCGAUUUUCUACGAAUAAAAUACGCGAGGUGCAUCUGAGAAAGUAUAAUCUACGCAGAAGUGCUCUGGAAAUCUUUCUAGUGGAUCAAACCAGCUACUUCCUUAACUUUACAACAAAGACUCGAAAUAAAGUCUUUACAAAAAUCGUGGGUCUACCGCUUCCGAACAUCCUCUAUGGCUCGGGAAGAUCUCCAGCUGAAUUGCUAAGAGCCUCGGGUCUCACCCAGAGGUGGAUCAAUCGUGAGAUUUCCAAUUUUGAAUACUUGAUGUACCUAAACACUAUCGCAGGACGAUCCUACAACGAUCUAAGCCAAUACCCCGUCUUCCCCUGGAUCCUGGCUGACUACACCAGUGAUGUGCUGGACCUAACAGAUCCCAAAUCCUUCCGUGACCUAUCCAAACCCAUUGGAUGUAUAAACCCCAAAAACGAGGCCGAGGUGCGUGGCAAAUACGACUCCUUUGAGGAUCCCUCUGGUGCCAUACCCAAGUUCCACUAUGGAACCCACUACUCCAAUUCAGCCGGCGUGCUCCACUAUUUGCUGCGCGUGGAACCGUUUACCUCACUGCACAUUGAGUUGCAAAGUGGCCGCUUCGAUGUGGCCGAUCGACAAUUCCACUCGAUACCUCAGACAUGGAAGCUGCUAAUGGACAAUCCUAAUGAUGUAAAGGAGCUGAUACCCGAGUUCUUUUACUUCCCAGAGUUUCUCAAAAAUAUGAACAAAUUCGAUUUGGGCCACCUGCAAAUAACCAAAGAAAAGGUGGACGAUGUCAUACUGCCCGCCUGGGCCACCACACCGGAGGAGUUCAUAGCCAUUCACCGCAGGGCUUUGGAGUCGGAGUAUGUUAGCCAGCAUCUGCAUCACUGGAUUGACCUGAUCUUUGGCUAUAAGCAAAAGGGACCCAAGGCCGCAGAGGCCUUGAAUGUUUUCUACUAUUGCUCUUAUGAAGGUGCUGUGGAUCUGGACAAGAUCACCAAUCCUGUGGAACGGGAGGCAGUUGAGGGAAUGAUCAACAACUUUGGCCAGGUGCCUUCGCAGUUGCUCCGGGAGCCGCAUCCACGUCGCCUCACCCAAGAUGAGACUGCUCUUAAGCUCGUGCGUGCCGAGCUUCGUAGGCCGGAUCUCACGCAGUUCCUGGACAAGGUAGUGCAGUACUAUUGCGAGCUGUCCACUCCGAAAGAUCCCAUUGUGUACCUGAGUCCACCGCGCAGUCCUCCGCGAUCUUUCCUUCAACUAAGUCCCGAUGUUCUAGUCAGCGUGUCCAAGUCGAGCAUCUUGGGCUGCAAUUCGUGGCUUUCGUUUGACAAGGAUCAGGGUUUCCUGCUGGAAAUCGAUGCCACCACUGCUAAUCUGAAGAACCGCAAGCGUGUCUUUGGACCCUUCCACUCCUCGCAGCCGCCGCACUCGCAGCUUUUUGCCGUAAGCACGGAUGGCAAGCUGCUGUAUGCCGGCGGCAUUUGGGAUAAUUCCUUGAGGGUUUACAAUCUCAACAAGGGAAAGGCGGUGGCUUCGGUCACCCGCCACCUGGACAUCAUAACCUGCAUAGCGCUGGACAAUUGUGGCUCGUAUCUGGUCACCGGGUCCCGCGAUUGCACCUGCAUAGUGUGGAGCAUUCAGACAAAUCAGCAAGGUGGCGGUGGAUCCACUAGCAACAUUCCAGUUCACGCGCUGACGGGUCAGUCGCAUCUGCAGGCAAUCACCCAGCUGAAUACCCAGAAUAGCUAUUCGCCCAAACCGCUGACGGUGCUCUAUGGUCACGAUGAUGCCAUCUCCAGUGUGGCCAUCUACACGGAGCUGGACCUGGUGGUCUCUGGAUCGCUGGAUGGCACCGUAAACGUUUACACCCUGCAGGAGGGUCAAUUUGUGAGGACACUAAAGCCCAUUGGCUGCACUGAGUCCUGUGUGCAAAUCUCUUUUGUUACCCUUUCCUAUCAUGGUCACAUCGCCUUUAGCGCUCUGGAUGAUACCUCGCACUCGGUGCAUGUCUACAGCAUCAACGGCUGCAGUCUGGGCUCCAAGUAUGUUUCUGGCCGGGUGACGGGUCUGGCCAGCGCCUCCGACUACCUGGUGGUGGCCGAUGAUGCCGGCGACAUUACCAUGAGCAGGCUUCACGGCUUAAAGCCCGUGUUCGACAUUCCGCUGCACGUGCCCAUCCAGACGGUGGUGGUCACUCCGGGCAACACCCACAUCCUGGCUCCCCUGCGAGACGGACGCCUGGCUGUGAUCGCCGUGCAGCUGCCCUCCGGCGGCAACAAGAAGCAUUCCGUGCUUAAUGUCUAAAGUCAGCAGGAGCUGAUCAGCUGGACAUUGGUCUUUACGUAUUCCCGAAUUUUACUCUCUGCCAAGCAUAAGUUUUGUACCCCCCGUAUUCUUUCGUCUGCUUUUUAGCCCACACACACCCUAGAUUUAGUUAUUGUGUCUUGUGAUUUGUCAUGAUUUAUAUUUUCUGUCGUUCACCCGUGCUACAUGACGUGCCAAAAGCAAAGCCUUUGAGCAAACCAACCAAAUAAUUCCCAGAAAGUUGACAAAUGUGUCCCAAAAGCGAUUGCAUUCGAGGAAUUUCCAAUUUCCAUGUCCCAUGCCAACUAAGCAGUAUUUCCCUAUCGAACACCUGUCGGAGUCGUCGGAGGAUCGCCGUCCUGGGCCUACAAAAAAUGAUCGAUGGCACACUCUUCUUCGGUUGACGAAAAUCUGAAUAAAUCAUCAAUCAUUCGCGAGGAGAUAUCUCUUGGCAAAAUGAAGCGGAGACGGAGGAGAAGUAUCGUAUCGGUGGAAACUGGUUGUCGUCGCACUUGGCAACUACUACUCACUGACUCACGAGCGACUUUCAAAUUGGCCCAAAAAAAGAACCGAAAAAGCCCCUUGGCAACAGCGGCAAAUCGACGGCAUCCAGCUGCUCUCGGUUGAUCAAGAGAAACACUUUCGUUGCGCCCCCUUUUCGCCUGCAGACACACCAAAAAUAGAGCCCAGAGAUCUUUGUCCCAUUAAGUACGCACACUCGGAUCACAUGGUAUCGAGUCAUUAAGCAGAGCAUUUCCAAUUGAAAGUAUUAUCACCGCACGAUUACAGUCCGUCCACACACAGAUCCAAAGUAGACAAUACCCAGUGCCAGAACAAAAAGAAUUCUUUAUAGAUUACCAUACCAAACCAUUCCCGAAUCACCCUUUGAUUGUGAAAACCCCCCUGCGGACUCUGAAAAUCUGAAUUUCCAAAGACAAGCGACAAUAUCAAAGGUGAAUUGAGCAUAUAUAUUUUACGAACGAGAUUGUAAUCGCAUAUAUAAAAGUAGAGAACUUUCGCACAAUCGGGACUUGAGAUUAGCAGCUAUCAAUAUCCAACUCCAGCAAUAUAUAGUAUAUAUCAUCUGUGUACGUAAAGGUCCUCAACUGGAUCGAGUUCGUCGUUAUUUGUUGUUAAGAUCGUAUCGCGUAAUAUCGUAAAACUGUUUUCCCCGCGUUCAAUGUAUGUACGUAACUGUACGAGUUUAUGUAGAUAAUGUGACUAUCCGUAGUUUGUAGAUGAUCUGUCAAUAAAGUGAUGAAAACCACAGUAAAUAUA